UUCAACAGCUCAAAGAAAAUGUGACAGCUGAAAAACCAACUUAACUCUCAAAAUGUACCAUCAGACCAAGGACGAAGUUUAUGCGUACGCCCUGUCCAAGACCCUGAGUAAAGUGAGAGCUCCGGCUACAGUGGGGCUGUAUUCAACAUGUCAGGACCGUAUCAGCCUUGUGCUCAAACAGAUGGAAGCGCACCUGAGCUCAGAGGCGCAGCUCGUGGAGCAGGAGCGCGCAGACGCACCCGCGCCUCGCUCCACGCGGCCCUCCCUCUGCGCGUGCGUGUCGCUCAUGUGGAAACUGCUCUUCUACAAACCCAUCUGGACCCAACACAACCAGAACCACCGCAACGUCAGGUUUGUCCACGUGCACUUCAGCGCCUGGCACUUUGCGGGCAGCGACCUCUUGUGGGCGGGAAUGGCGCUGCGGCUCUUCUACGCCAUGCAGGUGCACUUCGGGAAACUACAGCUCGUGUUGCACCGAGUGGCUCAGUACGAUGAAGAGGAUGAAGUCAAGAAAAGGGAGAUAGAAGACUCUACAAAUGACUGGAGAGCUAAAAAAUGCUGCUGCUGUCCUCUUUGGCUGUGUUCCCUUUUCAUUCUGAUCAUCCCAUUGGGCUUCCUCAUCUUCUAUCUGACAUUAGGCUCACGUGACCCAAACCCCAGCGAGAUGGUCAACAACGGCACCACAAGCCAAGUUAACAUGAUUGAGGGCCUAGUCAUCGCUUCUUUUGGGGUCCCUGCUGCAACUGCUUUAAGAUUUGUCCUUUCAACCAUCAAAAACCUCAUAUUUUCCCAAGAUCAUAACAUCAAACGUGGCAUGGACAACGAAAAAGUUAGCUCCAAACUUGGCUUCAUGAACGAGGUGCGCAAAGAGAUCUGGUUUUUGACCCGUUUCGUGCAGUUCAUGGAAGUUUUUGAGAGACGUCGGAUUCGGAUAGUGCUGCAAAUAACCAACGUAGAUCGCUGCCCGCCGAUGAAAAUAGUUGCGGUUUUGGACGCUAUAAAUAUAUUGUUAUCAGAUGAAGAAAGUCCAUUUAUUCCAAUCCUAGCUGUCAAUCCUGAAAUUCUAGUUGAGAAAGUGAAUUUCUCAGAUUAUUGUUUCAUCAAAGAGGACCAAGCGCAUGCCCUUUUGAAUCGAAUUGUAACUCUACCGUUCACUAUCCCACCAAUGUGUGCGUACUCAAAACGUACUUUAUUCUACAACCUUGCUUGCAGUGGGAAUAUCAGCGAUAAAAACAACCAUAUUAAGAAUAAAUCCUCAGGGAAUAUUCCUUUAGUGGAAGUCUCAAUGGACAACGAAAAGCACCCUCUGAUCACUUCAAGAUCUAGUUUUGAAGUUAACGAAGAGGAAGUUGAGACGAUGGUCGAAAGUAUUGCGAAAAAUACUGAUUCAAAUUUGAAGAAGUACAUUUUAGAUGACGCCAUGUCCAUGCGGAGGGUGAUCAACUCUUUUCGAAUGGUUGUAAUCAUCAUGAAAGCGUUACAAAAAGACAUAUCGUCGACAGAAAAUAUUGCAGCUUGGGUGGUUGUCGCAAACCACUGGCCGUGCCGCCUAAGUUGGAUUAUACAGUGUGUGGAGGACGCCAAGCAAAGAGCAGAAAUUGAGUGCACGAGUAUCAACAAAUUGAAAACACUUUGGCAGGUUUUUGAAGAGUCUAAAGCAGAAUUACAUGUUAUGAGAGAAGAGAUUGAAGAGUUUCUGGAACAAGACAGAGAUCCAGAAAUGUUCGAAAUGUUUCUCAAAGAGGAUUUCCAGUUCACCAUAAAAGAUUUGGAGAUUUUGGAGGAAGCAACAGUGAACUUGGACCAUUCGAUUAAAAAGGAAAUGGCGAGAAUCAGAGGCACUUCAACGCUGAGGGAUACGAGAUGGAAGAGGAGUCUGGCCCCGCUGCCGAUCACAACGAUUAUUAACAUGAAAACUGCAGAUGUGUGUGCAGAGAUGGAGCGGAUGGACUUCCCCUCUCAGUACACUGACAUUGUAAAAGCCAACGACCUGAACGGGCCUGCGCUGGUGUUUGGAGACAGAAAAGACCUGAAAGAGCUCCUGGGCAUGACAUUUGGAGAAUGGGCCAAGUUUAAGAUACGAUUUUUGAUUUUUAAGACAAAUAAACCAAAUCAGAACAAGAAAACUGAGCCUCCACCACAGCGACUUUAUCUUCACAGACAACAUCAAGCAAAUGAAUGA